AUGGCUGAUGAAAAUAAUGAGAUGAGAGAAGAAUUAUUUGCACCUUUUGAUCCAACGAAAAAGAAGAAGAAGAAAAAAGUUCUUCAAGAUCUUGCUGAGAGCUCAACAGGGCCACUUAUGGAAAAAGCUGAUUCAAUGCCAGCAGUUAAUGAUGAUGGUCUUGAAAGUACAUUUACUGGAAUGAAGAAGAAGAAGAAACCAGUUGCAUCUAGCUCGCUGAACGACGAAAACGUUGAACCUGUCGAAGAUCUAGAUGGUGUGCUUCUUGGUACGGUAUUUAAGAUUCUACGUGAAAAUAACCCCGACCUUGGAGAUAGGCGUCGUACAGUUAUGAGGCCUCCACAAGUUCUUCGUGAAGGGACAAAGAAGACCGUCUUUGUCAACUUUAUGGACCUUUGCAGGACGAUGCGUAGACAACCAGAUCAUGUAAUGCAUUUCUUGCUUGAUGAGAUGGGUACUAGUGGUUCAAUUGAUGGACAACAAAGAUUUAGAAUUUGCCGAAUAUCGAUCAUUGUGUUAUCGAAUUCUACAAAUGAUUCAUGGUUUUGCGCGUUAUAUUUGUCAGCUGAAUAUGUCAUUUGCCUUGGUUGCAAGAGCCCUGAUACAAUUCUUUCAAAGGAGAAUCGUCUCAUCUUUGUGAGAUGUGAAAAGUGUGGAUCAGGACGAUCAGUGACAGCGAUCAAAACUGGAUAUCUUGCGCGUGUUAGUCGAAGGAAGACUUGA